UGAGAGCUCAGUUUUUUGUUUACAACGUGAUGGCUAGCUUUGCUUAAGAUGUUUGUCAAUGAAAGCCAAGUAAAAGGCCAAACGUUAUCAUAAGUCAGUGGAAACCCAAUUGUUUUGGUUCCCUGGUUUCAUGGUCUGGACAUUUUAGCGACUAAAUUCAGCACCCUUUCCAGGAGGAAGAUGACUGACGUUUGCUCUGAACCUGCUGGAGCCAUCAGAGCCAUUGACAAGCACUCAGUGCAUCAAAUCUGCUCAGGACAAGUGGUGCUAACCUUGGCCACUGCAGUUAAAGAACUGGUGGAAAAUAGCAUUGAUGCCGGCGCUACCAACAUUGAUGUCAAGCUGAAGGAACAUGGAGUAGAGCUAGUGGAAGUGUCUGAUAAUGGAAAAGGAGUAGAGGAAGCCAAUUUUGAAGGAUUAACAUUAAAACAUCACACUUCCAAGUUGAGAGACUUCUCGGAUCUCAUCCACGUGGACACGUUUGGCUUCAGAGGUGAAGCCCUCAGCUCAUUAUGUGCUCUCAGUGACCUAAGUGUGGUGACAUGCCAUGAGUCCAGUCCCGUGGGGACCAAACUGGUUUUUGACCACAAAGGUCACUUGGUUCAGCGACUACCUCAUCCACGUCAGCAAGGCACCACAGUCAGCCUGCAGCAGCUCUUCUUAACUCUACCUGUGCGGCACAAGGAGUUCCAGCGCAACAUUAAGAAGGAGUUUACCAAAAUGGUGCACGUGUUGCAGUCUUACUGCAUCAUCUCCACAGGAGUGCGCAUUACCUGCUCCAACCAAAGUGGACAAGGGAAGCGCAACACAGUCGUUAGCACAAGUGGCAGUCAAAAUAUGAGAGACAACAUAGGAGCAAUAUUUGGGCCCAAACAGCUACAGAACCUUCUGGCUUUUCACCAAGUGUCCCCAACUGAGAAUAUCAUGGAAGAAUACGGACUCAAGGAGGCAGAACUCUUCAAAAAGAUCUUUAGCAUUACAGGGUUCGUGUCACAAGCAGACCAUGGUGUUGGAAGAAGUGCCACAGACAGACAGUUUUUUUUCAUAAACAAGCGACCCUGUGAUCCACAUAAGGUGACUAAACUUGUCAAUGAGGUUUAUCACAUGUACAACAGGCAUCAGUAUCCAUUUGUUGCCCUCAACAUAGAGGUUGCUUCAGAAUGUGUGGAUGUCAACGUAACGCCAGACAAGCGUCAGAUCUUCCUUCAGGAGGAGAAACUUUUGUUGGCUAUUCUUAAGUCUUCUCUUAUCAGCAUGUUUGAGGCUGGUGUCAAUAAACUCAGCCUGAACUGCAGUCUCAUGCCCAGCAACAUGACUGCAUCCAAAAUGCAUGCAUCUCCAUGUGAUGAAAACAUGCCAGAGCCAGUGGGACAGAACAAGGGACCAGUGAUGCAGAGCACAAAAUCAACCCUAAAUCUGGCUGGCCUGAAGGCUGCUUUCUCAAGUAACAGCAGCGCAAAUGUCUCUAUCACAUCCAGCAACAGUGGCCCAACACAGAAAACCAUUCAGUCUUUUUUCAAGGAGACUGUGAAAUCUCCUACCCGCAAUCCAGGUGUAAAAUCUCCUUCAGAGCCCACACGGAAGUUAAACACACCCUCUUCCUCAGUGGGGAGGUCAGUGCUAGAUGGGUUCAAGUAUUGUAAGGGGUCUUCUUGCAGUGAUAUUGACUCUAAAGACAUAGAUCGGUCGCGCUGUGACAUCAGUCCUUCAUUAGAUAGUCAAAAGAAUGAUGUGGAAACUCCCAGCGUUACAAAUGAAGCCUCUACAGAGUCAAGAAAAAGCCAUAAAGCUCUCCAGGAGAUGGAAUUACAAGCUGAUUCUCCCACGUACAGUCAGCGCUUAUCUGUGAGUCCAGAUCCUAAGAGAGCGAGGAAAGAUAUUCCAGACUGCCCCUCAGAGAGAAAGUCUGUGUUGUCCUGCUUGGUGGACACUCCGGUGUGCUUACAAAGGAGGGCGGUGUCUCACUACUUCUCUUUGCAAGACCUCGCAGGGAAGAUUAGGAGGUUACAGGACCAAAAACAGAAGCAAAAAGCCUGUGAGGAGCUUCACUACCGACGCUUUAGGGCCAAAAUCAACCCGGGAGAAAACCAAAGUGCAGAGGAGGAGCUAAAGAAGGAGAUCAGCAAAGACACGUUCAAAGACAUGGAGAUUGUUGGACAAUUUAAUUUGGGCUUUAUCAUCACCAAGCUCAACUCUGACAUCUUCAUGAUCGACCAGCACGCCACUGAUGAGAAAUACAACUUUGAGAUGCUGCAGCAACACACAGUCCUCCAAGGACAAAAACUCAUCGCCCCUCAGAAACUUCACCUCACCGCAGUCAGUGAGAGCGUACUGAUGGAGAACGUAGAUAUUUUCAGAAAGAAUGGCUUUGAGUUUCUGAUUGAUGGAGAUGGUAUGAUUAUUUCAUCAUCUUUUACAUUUGUACACAUAUUAAAGUUUUUUUCUCCCCUUACUGUCAAUGUAGCGCCGUUGAUGGAAAGGGUCAAGCUGGUAUCUCUGCCCACAAGUAAGAAUUGGACGUUCGGUCCAGCAGACAUUGAGGAGUUGAUCUUCAUGUUGAGUGACAGCCCAGGGGUCAUGUGUCGUCCAUCGCGUGUCAGACAGAUGUUCGCCUCCAGAGCUUGUCGGAAAUCUGUGAUGAUCGGCACAGCCCUGAGUAUCAGUGAGAUGAAGAAACUCGUGGUUCACAUGGGUGAGAUUGAGCAGCCGUGGAACUGUCCUCAUGGCAGGCCCACUAUGAGGCACCUGCUCAACUUGAAUAUCAUCUCACAAGACUGAUAGCAUCAACAACUACUUUUUUAAACUCACUGAUGGACAGUUAAAUCCAAAGAUGAGGAUAGAUCCUGUAUAUAUUUUGUUCAGAUUCUAUUUGUGACUGCAUUUUUUUCCACUGUUGACAUGACUUAUUUUAUACGUGUUUUAUGUAAAAAACACAGUAUAUUAAAAGUAUUUUUUUAUGCCAAAUAAACA